CCCUGCUGCUCGACUCUCGCGGACAGCUUAUAGAGUGAGCAAAGGGUUCUCCUCACGAAGCGCCGUCUGAGGGCAACCUCUCUCUCUCUCUCUCUCUCUUCCUUAUCUUCUCCGAAGUCCCUCGCCUUUCCUCGGAAACCCUAGACGUCAGCAAAGAUGAAUAGGGAGAAACUUAUGAAGAUGGCGGGCUCGGUCCGCACUGGAGGAAAGGGUACCAUGAGAAGAAAGAAGAAGGCCGUCCAUAAGACUACCACCACAGAUGACAAGAGGCUUCAAAGCACCCUCAAGAGGAUUGGAGUUAAUGCUAUUCCUGCCAUUGAGGAAGUCAACAUUUUCAAGGAUGAUGUUGUCAUCCAAUUUACAAACCCCAAAGUUCAAGCAUCAAUUGCAGCAAAUACAUGGGUUGUCAGUGGGACUCCUCAAACCAAGAAAUUGCAAGAUAUUCUCCCGGGGAUCCUAAACCAAUUGGGGCCUGAUAACUUGGACAACCUGAGGAAGCUAGCAGAGCAGUUCCAGAAGCAGGGUAAUGCAGGCGAAGGAGCUGCUGCUGCCGGCCCAGAGGAGGAUGAUGAUGAGGUCCCUGAACUCGUUGCAGGGGAGACCUUUGAGGCUGCUGCAGAAGAGGGUCAUGCCGCCGCUUCUUGAAUGCCACACGGUUUCUUCGGCAGACUCCCAUAUAUAAUGUGCUUUUGGAGUUUUUCCUUGUACUCUUCACUCGUCUCUCCGCCUCUAUUUUCACAUCUCGAUUAUGCGUUCAACUGAAGCUCCAUAUAUGAUGCAGAGUGACAUGCUGAGUAGCUUAUUGGAAGUUUUAGAUCCAGACAAACUCUUUUACAUAAUUCAUCAUAUGGGUGUUUUUGCAACAGAGCCCUCCUUGUACCCUUCAAGACCUUUGAUAGUCGAAUUUUUCUUCAAGUCCUAACA